AUGUCUCUUUCGACAGCACUUGAGUUGCUAUUGCUGGCAGGACAUGCACUAGCCUCGCCACCAGGCUACGCUCCGGGAUACCAUGGAGAUGGACCUUGGGGUGGUCAUCCUCAACCCGGCCAGCCUUCCAGCUUCAACUCAUGGGAUCUCAAGAAAUUCACCACCCUCGUCACAUUCGGCGACAGCUAUACCGAUGACAGUCGACUGGGCUAUUUCAGCGAUCACGACGGUCAAGCCCCGCCAGUAGGCUGGGUCAAUCCCACAAACUACCACGCCUCAGACGGAGGCCGUAUCUGGCCCCAAUACGUAAAACAGUACAGCGGAGUCAACCUCUACAACUACGCCGUCUCAGGCGCCGUCUGCAGCAACAACAUCACACCCCGAACAUUCUCCUACAUCAACGCUCCAUUUCCCGCUGUCGAACAAUAUGAAAUCCCUGCCUACAUCGCAGAUUCCCAGUACAUCAUCCCAUCUUCAGGUCAGAGAUUCCUCAUCACCCCCUCAGACGAAACCGUCUAUUCGAUGUGGAUCGGAACAAACGAUCUCGGCAACUACGCUUUCAUCUCCGACUCCCAAGUCAAGGGAACAAAUAUCGUGAACUACACGGAUUGCGUGUAUGCGCAACUUCAACGGAUCUACGAAAACGGUGGGAGAUAUUUCGUACUGCAGAACGUUGCGCCUCUAAAUCUUGCUCCGCUUUAUGCGACGCCUGAGAAUGGAGGUCUUGGUCCUGGACCGGGAAAUCAGUAUUGGCCUGACAAACCAAGUAAUAGCACAGAGAUUUCUUAUCGAAUGGAGGAAGAGGUUGUGACUGUUAAUCGGAUCUAUGAUUUUCAGACUCCGUUUGAAGUCCUUGUCAAGAAAUCCAUGCCGGAGGCGAAAAUUGUUGUGAUGGAUAUGCAUGGGUUGAUCUCAGAUAUCUACUACAACCCCGCCGCCUACCUUAACGGCACAGCUCCUUUGAAUGUGACGGGGUACGUCAACAGUCAUUGCAAUGCCACGGGACAAGACUGCAUGCCCGAUCCAAACCCGGACAGUUUUCUGUGGUAUGAUGCUUUACAUCCUAGUGAGCAAGCGGAUCGCAUCAUUGCUAGGGAGUUUGUUGAUGUUGUUAACGGUGGGGGCCGGUGGGGGAUGUAUUGGGGUUGA